AUGGCCGAUACAUAUUACUAUGACCUGCUGGGUAUACCCCAAACUGCAUCUGAUAUCGAAGUGAAGAAGGCAUAUCGAAGGCAGGCCUUUAUUAGCCACCCAGACAAAAAUCCUGGAAAUUCGGAGGCACAUAAAAAGUUCCUGGAGGUACAGGCCCCAUUCGAUUCUGGUAGUUUUUCUUUACUAGUUCAAGUCUACAGGGUUGCCUACCCGCUUCGCGAAUCGAACAGCGGUCUGGUCCCACGACUCGAAGACUUCGGAAUACUGAGUGAUAGUCAGUUACGGGCACAUUAUGACCAAUCUGGGCGAGAAGGGGUAGAUGAAGAUGGGUCAGUGGAUGCCUCUGAAAUGUUUGGCCGGAUGUUUUCUGGAGAGUCUUUUCAAGACUGGGUUGGAGAUAAUACGAUUCUCACAGAUAUCAUCCGGCUUGCUGAACUACACCUUGGUGGUAGCAGCGCAGAAGGUGGAUUCACAAUGGUGGAUUCUUCACGCCUUAUAGAUGAUGGCGAUUCGGAGCUAUCAUACGGACCAUUCGACGGCGACCAAUACCGGCGAGACAUCAAACAAAGAAAUGAAGAAAUUAGAGAUUUCAAAAUUUUUGAAUUACAAGAAGAGAUGGCUAAGAAGCGCGAACAACGGAUUAGCUUUGUGGCAGAAAAGCUCGCCGAUAAGCUCGAUGUAUUCGCCAAAGAGAGCAAAAAAAGCGAAAGGAAAUUUCGAAUCGCAAUGGAGAGAGAAGCAGAACACCUGAAACUCGAGUCUUUCGGAGUUCAUAUACUCAAUACGAUUGGUGACGUCUAUAAAGCAAAAGCAACAGAGCACGGGUGGUAUCGCGCCUUUGGGGUUCUGAGCACUGCAUAUUAUUAUCCACAGGAGAAAUAUGCGUCGGCUAAGGAUACUGCGAAAACAGUUUGGAAUCUACUCGAUGCCCAAAAGGCUAUAAGAGAGGCAAGACUAGAUGAUCUAGAUUUGGCAGACGCGGAGAGAAUCAAAGCGGAGAGGGGCCCAGAGGAACAACAAUUCAUAGAAACAAUAGCCGCUGGAAAGAUGUUAAUGGCGUGCUGGGGUUUGGUCAGGAAGGACUUAAUAGGGAUUAUCAAGGAGGCUUGCAAUAUAGUUCUUUACGACGAGAGAAUUCCCUAUGGUAUUCUAGAGAGAAGGGCAAGAGCGGCAAUGAUCAUUGGGGAAAUAUUUUCUAACGCCCACCGGGAUGCCAACGACCAUGUCACGGAAGGCCUAUUUGAGAAGAUCGUGUCUGAUUCUUAUGAGCUAGCGAAACAGCGAGACGAAAAAGUCAGGGACUCGGAUGUGGAAUCGAAUGGCGCUCCGGAGUCGAGAUCGAGCUCCGCAAUGGCGUUCUAG